AUGAAUUCACGUGAAAAUUUAUUACCAAAUAAAAGUUCAUCACGUUCUUCAAAACAACAACCAACAACAAAGAAAAAGAAGAUACCUAAUCGUUUAUCAGAAUCAAAAUUAUCAUCAAAUACUCAACAAUAUUUAAAUCAAUUACAAACAAAGAUGAUGGAUUUCAAAAUUCGAUCAAAUUCAAAUAUAUUUGAUAAAAAUCAAAGCAAAAAAAAAGAAAAUAGAAACCUAAGUGUACAACAAUUAUCAAUCAAUAAAAAAUUGAAUAACAAUCGUUAUAAUUAUGAAAAUUAUCUUUCAUUAAUUACAAAACAAUAUAAAAUCGACGAUAGAUCAAAUAGAAGAAAUGAACUUCAUCGAUCUUCAUUUCCAUCAAGUUCAAAACAGGCUUGGACAAAAGAUCAAAGACAAACAUCAAAGAUAAAACAAAAGAAUUCUAUUGAUAAUUCAGGAGAAAAAGCAGUUCUUAUUGAAAGUUCAAUUCCAUCAAAUAUAUCCGAGCAAAGUAAUUCGACUAAGACAAGCACAACUACCUUUAAACAAUCAAAAACAUCAAUCAUAUCAUCAAAUACUUCCGAUAUUUUAUUACAAAAAACAGAAUCGAAUAGUAUUAACACAAAUCCGAUGAUAAAUCGAUUACAAAUUGAUAAUAGUAAUCUGAUUUCAACAAAUAAACAAAAAAUAGAAACAAAAUCAAUAAGAUCUAUACCUAAAAAAAAAGCUCAUAAAAAAGUCACAACAUCAAAUUCACUAUCAAAUCAUUCAAUAUCAAUUUUAUCAAAAAGUGUUCCAUCUUAUUCACGAAUUCAAAAUGAUAUUCCACAAAGACGAAGUCGAAGUGCUUCAUCAAAUCGAAUCAAUCAAGUUUUUAAUACAAAAUCAUCAUCUCAUUCCAAUCAAAUUUUACAUACACUAAAUCCAUCAAUUACUAAAUCACAUUUCUCUCGAUUGACAUCAAAUUCUACAAGAGAUUCGACUCAAAUUCAAAGUCUCUCAAAUCAAUUGAGUAAACUUUCAACAUCAUCGGAUUUGUUUUCUACAUCCAUAAAAACAUACAAUAAAACAACAAAACAAAACUAUUUCAAACCAUUACAACUAACUAUUGAUUCAAAUUUUAAUGAAUACAAUUUACAAACAAAUAUUUAUGAUAUUAACGAUACAACUAUGAUAACAACAAAAUCUAAUUCAGAAGAAAAUUUAAUUCGAAAACCAAUUGAUAAUAAUGAAAUUAAACAUUCGUUACAAAUAAAAUCAUUGUUAUCACCUGAUAGAGCAAGAAAAUCUUGUAAAAAUCAUCAAAAAAAUAUUUCAAGAAUAUCUGAAAAUAUACUUAAUAAACAAAAAUUUAUUUCUCAACCAUCAAUAAUCACUUCUACUAUGAAUAACUUAAACGAAGAUAUUAUUUCAACUAGUAAUAAAUAUCUUUCCAAAAAAAAUAGUAAUAUUCAAUAUAUUUCACAUUCUUAUUCAAAUAAAUCAAAAUCCGAUAAUAUUCCAUUAGAUAUCGAGUUUAAUACAUUAAAUAAUAUUAAUAAAACCAUACAAACACAGCAAGAUAUAAUAUCUACACAAUAUCAUUCAUCUACUAAUGAAUCGUUAAUAGAAGAUAUUAAAUCUCGAUCAAAUACUAUUGAACCAUCUUCAAAAGAUAAUUACAUAUUACCACAAUAUGUUUUUAAAUCUUUACUAAAUAUAUCUACAACUACUACUGAUAAUUCAUUAAUUUCAACAAUAAAACAAAAUCAUACUUUACCUGAUAAAAUGUCUGAUAUUAUUGAACAUUCAACAAUAUGUGAAAAACAACAAUCAAUUAUAACCAAGACUAAUGCUAAUUUACCUAUUAAACUAAUUACAUUAGAUCAUAUGAGUACAGUUUAUGAAGAAUCAGAACCAUCUACAAACAGUAUUCUUAAUGAAUUAACAUCAUCGAUUAGUGAAUACAAUUAUAAUCAAGAGACUAUUCAAGAUUGGUUAGAAACAAGUUCAAAUAUUUCUUCAAAUCAAAUAAAUUUACCCUUAAAUCAUUCAAAUAUAAUUAAUAAAUCUUCUCAACUAUCAAAUUAUAAUACAAAUUCGAUUGAUAUAAAAACAAAAUUAACAUCGAUUAAAUCAAAGACUUUAAUUGAUUAUGAAUUUCGAGUAAAACUUAGGAAUAAAUUAGAAUUCAAUGAAAUAAAUGAACCUAUUUUUAUUGAAUUAAUGAAUACAAAAGGAUGUUUAAUUGAAAUUCCACUUAUUUAUUCAAUAAAUAAUUCUAAACGAUUUCAAAAAGGACAACUUGAUAUAUUUCAUUUUCAUAUUCCAGAAAAUUUUCAUACGAUUAAAAAAAUCAAUCUUUUUCUUUUUAAAACGAAUAAAUAUCCAUUGCAUAUUGAAUAUUGUGAACUUGAAAAUUGUCAAACAAUGAAAACAUUUUAUUUUCAUUUUUGA